AUGCAGGAAAUUCGGAAGGAAAAAGAAGUCUUGCGCCGUAUUGCUCAAGCGAGUAAUGCAAUUCGACGGAAGCAUAAAAUCCUCAAGACGGGAAAAGAGUCGCUGCAGGAAACAAUGAAGGAUGUCUUCAAACCUGUGGUAACCCCGCUGCAGGAAUUAGUCAACGUCUCUCGAGACACGAAACCUGUAAAGCAGGAGGUGAAGGAAGAAAUCAAAACUGAAACGAUGGAUGAACCGAAGAACGAAAUGGAAUCUGAAGCUGAAGAUUCUUUUGCAACUGCAGAUGAAGAGGAUCAAACAAUCACAGAAUCAUCUGCAGGAUUAGAAGAUGAAUAUCUUAUAACGCUCGAGGAUAAAAACAGACAGAACGAGCUGGAUACUUUAUACGGGGUACGGAACCUUUCUACCGCCGGGCUGAUGGUUGGGAGUACAGUCUACCCGAAAACUCAAGGUUUGCUGGAGUUGUUGUUCAAGAAGAUGCCGAACAGCGUUCACGUUACCCCCAACGACAAGAAGAAUUACAAGAACAUCCUUCUCGCAACAAAUGCUCACAGAAAGUAUUACAGCGCCACCGAGCCUAUCCGAAACACCCCCAGCGCCAAAUUCAAGCACCUAAUUGCAGAGCUACUCAACAUCAAUAUAUCAUCACCAUCGUCAUCGAAGCGUACGGGCAAAGGUGUUUUGCUACCUCAGGCUUGGGUUACGCGACAGGGUGUUAAAACAGAUUACAUUUUCUGGGACGACGCAAACGAGUUGGUGGAACGUCUUCGUUUGCUCACGGCAUCUCAAGCGGCUGGGAAUACAAGUCACAACAACGAAAUUAUGUCGAUUCUCGAAGAAUUGCGGGAAGCUGGAAUCAUUUAUUAA